AUGAAACCUCUCUUGCCGGCAGCACUCAUCUGCACCCUGGCCUCAUCGGCUUGGGCCGCAUCCUGCACCGAGUCCCUCAUCAGCCUACACAAGACCCUCGUCGAAGCCGACACAACAACCAAAUCCGAAGCCCUCGGAACAGAAGCCCUCAAAGGCUACCUCGAGACAAACUUCACAGUCGAGCUCCAAACAGUCGAAGGAACACGCCAGAAUGUCUUCGCCUACCUCGGCAACGCCCGCGAAGCUCGCGUCCUCGUCACAUCGCACUUCGACACCGUACCGCCUUACAUCCCCUACUCCCGCUCUGGCGAUGAGAUCCGCGGUAGGGGAACCUCUGAUGCGAAAGGCAGUGUCGCAGCACAGAUCAUCGCCGUGGAGGAGCUCCUAGCAAGCGGGGAGAUUGCCGAGGGCGACGUCGCGCUGUUGUAUGUGGUCGGCGAGGAAUCUGGAGGCGAUGGCAUGGGCGCCGCAAAUGAGCUGGGCUUGACGUGGGAGUCCGUCAUCUUUGGCGAGCCGACGGAGCAUACCCUCGUCCGGGCGCACAAGGGCGUGCUGGGGUUCAACAUCACGGCCGACGGCGUCGCGGGGCAUUCUGGGUAUCCCGAGUACGGGCGGAGCGCGAUUGACCUGCUCGUUCGGGCCUUGGAUAAGAUCCAGGAUACGAAGUUGCCUUGGACGGAGGAGUUCGGAAACACGACGUUGAAUGUGGGCUUGAUUGAGGGCGGGAUCGCGACUAAUGUGAUUUCCGAGAGCGCGUCGGGCAGGGCGUCGAUUCGAGCUGCGACUGAGGACUUGCAGGGGAUUCAGGAUGUUUUGCAGAAGGCUGUGUCUGAAGUUACUCCGGAGUUUGUCAAUUUGACGUUUACUGGGUCUGGGUUACCCGUGAGUCUGGAUUAUGAUGUUGAAGGCUUCAACACUACCGUGGUGAACUACUACACCGACGUGCCUCGACUGAACGGAACCCACAAGCGCUACUUGUAUGGACCAGGCACGAUUUUGGUGGCUCACUCGGCCGAUGAGCGCAUCACGGUUCAGGAUCUGGAGCUCGCUGUGGAAGACUACAAAAAGCUAAUCCUCGCUGCCCUGAAGUGA